GUUGAUUGCUAAGGCAUGAAGGCUCUACUUAUAUGUUUUCUCGUUCUUUACUUACAAUUAUAUGGCUGCAAUUGUGAAGAAAAAGGAAAUAAUUUCCGCCCUGAAAGUCUGGAACAGUUGCAGCAUUUCCUCACCAAACUCGUGUCCAGCAACGACACCGAUCAACAGAAAUGCCCAGCACCGACCUGGCCUAUAGAAAAAGACAAAUGCUCAGCACGACCUUGUCGCUUCCACGCGGAUUGCGACAAUUUACUCUGCUGUUACAACGGCUGCGUUUUCACCUGCACUCAACAGAUGGCGCCUGCUGCCGUUAUCGAUUGGUUACAAGAAGCUGAUAUGAAUUCAGUUGCUUUACCAGAUGUAGUUGAACGUUCGUGUAGCGGUUCCUCUACUUUGGCACCUACUGAAACAACAGGAUGUCCAUCAGGAUAUACUUGUCGCAUCAAAGAACCCGGUGAUCCUGUCAGAGGGAUUCCAAGUUCUGGCACUUGUAUUCCAAAUACAUUACAAGAAGGUAGAUUUUCAGUAGAUGAAAGUGAUUUAUUCAAGGAAAAAGUAGGAAAAGAUACCGUUUAUCUUCCAGGAGGCUGUUUACUGACUGCGCAACAAUAUGAACACAUGCAACAAUUUAUGCUCAAAAGUUAUGUUGUGGACUGCUUCUGUAUCAAAGGUUCAGUGGAAUGCCAAGUUAUGCUAUGACGUUGAAGAAACUUAUAUUGGCAGGCACAGCAUUUAAGAAAUGUGGAAUCUCAUCCCAUCAAUAAUACCUCAGAGAAAUUAAUUUAAUUGUCUCAUUAAAUCCAUAAAUAUGUGAUUACUUGAAAGUUCAAUGUUAGAAUAUGUAUCUGAUAAACAGUGCCAGAUAAAAGUGAGGCAAGUUUUGUGAAUGCCGCCGCCCAUUGUAAUGAAAUGAACAAUGGAAAUGAAACUUUAUACUGUUUAAUCUUUCCAAUUUACAACAACUCUUGUGCCUUUGCAGUCACGCACAUUUUUGUCACAAUAAAAAUUAGAAAAAAUGCCACUUUGCUGCAUCGUACCACCAUCCAACCCUGACAAUAGGGAUUCCCAAUUAUAACAUUUUCCAGAUUUUUAAUGGGUAAGAAUCAAGAAUCUUCAAUGUUGCAUCUUUUAUGCUUUGUGGAUUAAAUAAGAAGCCAGGAGAAUAUAUAAAUAAUUACUUUACAAGCUUUUAUAUUUAUUUUAUUCAUCAUUAGCCCUACAUCAAUAUCGAAUUCUUAG